GUUAAGUCAUAUAUAAAAGAAGUGAAAAAACAUAUGAAAGACCACAAAAAGUAUGAGUAGCAAUACAAAGAGAACUAUCUACGUUGGUGGUUUAGCAGAAGAAGUAGAUGAAAAGGUAUUACAUGCUGCUUUUAUACCAUUUGGUGAAAUUAUUGAUGUACAAAUACCAUUAGAUUAUGAAUCUGAAAAACAUAGGGGAUUUGCAUUUAUUGAAUUUGAAACUGCUGAAGAUGCAGCUGCUGCAAUAGAUAAUAUGAAUGAUUCCGAAUUAUUUGGACGAACGAUAAGAGUAAAUAUUGCUAAGCCUCAAAAGAUAAAGGAAGGCUCAUCAAAACCAGUAUGGGCAGAUGACACUUGGCUGCAAGAACAUGCAGGCGAAACGCUUAAAACCGAUGACAACUCUAAGACGGAUGAUACAUCUCAAUCUAAAAAGACUAAGAAAAACCCCCAAGUUUAUUUUGAUAUCAACAUUGGAAAGCAGGAAUUGGGUAGAAUUAUUAUGAUGCUAAGGGCAGAUAUCGUACCAAAAACUGCUGAAAAUUUUCGUGCGCUUUGUACUCAUGAGAAAGGUUACGGAUAUCAAGGCAGUAUUUUUCACAGGAUUAUUCCAGAUUUUAUGUGUCAAGGAGGAGACUUUACAAACCAUGAUGGAACUGGUGGAAAAUCAAUUUAUGGAAACAAGUUUGAGGAUGAAAACUUUGAAUUGAAACACACAGGACCAGGUACUUUGUCAAUGGCAAAUUCAGGACCAAAUUCAAAUGGAUCACAAUUUUUCCUUUGUACGGCACGCACAGAUUGGUUAGAUGGGAAACAUGUAGUUUUCGGUCAUGUCCUUAGUGGUUUAGAUGUUUUAAAAAAAAUGGAAAAAUAUGGGACACAAUCUGGCACCACGACUCAAAAAGUUGUCAUAUCAGCUUGCGGAGAAUUAACGUAACAAUAAAAGAUAAAUGUUAUUAUUUCAAGAAAUGUUUUUUUCUUUUUAAUGAUUCUGUUUACCCGAGCAUUAAAAUUUUCACCAAGUUUUGAUCAUUAAAAUAAUUAUACUUUUUUUGGUAGGGACUGUCGAGCUUUCUUU